GGAAGACUGACUCGACCAUCCGGACAAAAUACCAGCCCAUCCUCCCCGGCCUGCGGUCUCCCGUCUCCCCACCUCCUCCUCCUCGCCUUCCCCGCUCGGCCCUCCCCUCCUCGGGUGCCUCCACCGUCGAGAGGGCGAGCGAGGUGGGCGGAGAAGAAGGCGAAGCGCGACCAUGGGCUUCAUCUCGUUCGUCGGCCGGGUGCUCUUCGCCUCCCUCUUCCUCCUCUCCGCCUACCAAGAGUUUAUAGAAUUUGGAAAUGAUGGUGGACCAGCGGCAAAGGUCUUGAAGCCAAAAUUCAAUCUCUUUAUCAAGCAAGUGUCCAAGAACACUGGAUUGGGGGUGCCGCAUAUUGAUGUAAAAACUGUCAUUGCUGCUACCAUGUUUCUUAAAGGCUUUGGUGGGCUUUUGUUCAUCUUUAGCAGCUCAUUUGGAGCUUUCCUACUGCUUAUUUACUUGGCAUUUAUAACCCCUGUUGUGUACGACUUCUACAACUAUGAAAUGGAGUCAGCACAAUUUGUCCAGCUGUUUUUCAAGUUCUCACAGAACUUGGCGUUUAUCGGUGCCCUGCUUUUCUUCCUGGGAAUGAAGAACUCUAUUCCAAGAAGGCGCUCCAAAGGAAGGACAACAAAGACCAAGACAAAUUGAAGUCAGCAGUUGUAGGAUGGGAGGCUAUUAAGCUCCUUAUGUUUGCAUACUAUACAGCGGUAGAUGUCCCACUUUUGUUCUUGGCACGCCAAUUGAAUUGUGAAUUGGGGGGACUUACAGAACUUAGCAUGUAGGGUAUUUAAGUUGUCUUGGACGAUUCUAUUUUGUAUGUCUCAUUUGUGUUUAUGUAAUGAUACAUUUUGCUACAAGAACUGCUUUGUCAGUUUAAAAUCGAAAGUUGCAGUCUCU